AGAAAGUAGGCAUAUAUCUCCCUUUUGACUCGAAUUGUAAUCACUACCAUCACUAUAUUUAUGGGUCAACUUACCAUCUGCUUUAUAAUGUGAAUAUGCUUUCUAUACCGUAUUGAAUUUAAAACACUAACCACGUGCGUCUAAUAUGUAUUUUAUUCUGACCCGUUGGAGAUAGACGACUUAGGGGUGGCUAAACACAUACUAAAACUAUCGGGCCAUUUAAACAUUUGAUCACAAAACGAAGGUCUUUCCCCUAAAUAAUUAAAAUACAUCGUUUCCUUUUUCGGCGGAACGUAAUCUCAACCGUCCAUCGUUUCCCAUCUCCACACCAUCAUCUAUCUUUACCGUCGGCUGAACUUUGCCUUCUCCUGAAUCGGGGACAUUGAUUCCUAAUUCAUAAACCCUAACUUCUUCCUUCGUUCGCGCUCAGAGAGCUAGAGCCUUCGACGAACAAAGCCGCCGGUGAUUCAAAUCCUCAUCUCUUCAAAAGGUGAUGGAAGGGGAGAAUGUAACGGAGCCGUUGAAUACAGCGGCGCCAUCUACGGGAGAGAGUAUCUUCGCCACAGCUCCUCCUCCAAGUGAUUCAGUAUUGGCUACUGCUGCUUCGAGUGUCUCUCCAAGCAGUAAAUCUCAGCCGGAGCAAUCCUCUAUGUCUAUUGCCACUACUGCGCAAUUGAGUGCUAAUGCAGCAGCCUCCUCAAUUGCUAAUCCCAUACCUCAAGCCCCGCAUAUGCUACAGAAUCCGCCUUUUGGUCGACCAGGAACACUCGCUCCUCCUGGACUCAUGACAUCUCCGCCUGCUUUUCCUGGUUCCAACCCUUUUUCCAGACCCGGGGGUCCUACUCAAAUCAAUCUUGGUGUUCAUCCACACAUGUAUCCUCCUUAUCAUUCUCUGCCGCCAAUGCAUGGAACGCCUCAAGGAAUGUGGCUGCAGCCUCCCCCUAUGGGUGGUAUUCCCAGGGCGCAUUUCCCAUCACAUCCUACUCCUUUUCCUGGUAAUUACCCAUUUCCAGUUCGUGGAGCUUCUUCUCACCUGCCAUAUCCCGGUUCUCAACCGCUUCCUGUGGGGAAUGCUGGCGCUGUUCAUGCGUUACCGGGUCACCAACCGUUAGAUGUUCCUCCUGGUCAAAAGCCAGAAGCACUCUCAGGAAUUGAUGACAGAGCUGGUUCUCAACUAGUAGGAAAUCGAGUAGAUGCCUGGACUGCACAUAAAUCAGAAACAGGAGUUGUUUACUAUUAUAAUUCGGUUACAGGGCAAUCGACCUAUGAAAAGCCUCCUGGUUUUGAAAGGGAGCCUGAUAAAGUGCCGGUGCAGCCAAUUCCUAUCUCUAUGGAGAAUAUACGUGGGACGGAUUGGGCUCUUGUUUCCACAAAUGAUGGCAAAAAAUAUUACUACAACAAUAAAACAAAGGUAAGUAGCUGGCAGAUUCCACCUGAGGUGAAAGAUUUGGUGAAGAAAACGGAGGAGAGGUCAACGGAGAGUUUAGCUUCUGUGCCGAGCGCUGAUUUAACUGAAAAGGGUUCUGAGCAAUCAAGUUUGAGCGCACCUGCUAUUAACAAUGGUGGCCGGGAUGCCGUAUCGCUCAGAACUACAAUUGUUCCUGGUUUCUCAGCGUUGGAUUUGGUCAAAAAGAAACUGCAUGAUUCUGGAGUGCCUGUCUCCUCUACGACAACAUCUGAAGCAAAUGGUGGUAAAUCAAACGAGGUCACACCUAGUGGAGAGAGUGGAGAUGGUAUGGGCAAGGUAAAAGAUGCUACUGAAGGUGGUGACCUUUCUGAUUCUACAUCAGAUUCCGAAGAUGAAGAUAGUGGACCAUCGAAGGAAGAGUGUAUCAAACAGUUUAAGGAAAUGCUCAAGGAGAGAGGAGUGGCACCGUUUUCUAAAUGGGAGAAGGAACUGCCAAAAAUUAUCUUUGACCCUCGCUUUAAGGCAAUUCAAAGUCAUUCUGUUCGAAGAUCUUUAUUUGAGCAGUACGUAAAGACUCGCGCUGAAGAAGAACGUAGGGAAAAGCGUGCUGCUCAUAAGGCAGCUGUUGAAGGUUUCAAGCAGUUGCUGGACGAAGCGUCUAAGGACAUUGAUAAACACACUGAUUAUCAUACUUUUAAAAAGAAAUGGGGAAAUGAUCUGCGGUUCGAAUCACUUGAGCGGAAGGAAAGAGAAGCUUUGCUGAAUGAAAGAAUCCUUUCUUUGAAACGAGCUGCGGACCAGAAGGCGCAAGAAAUCCGCGCAGCAGCAGCCUCUGAUUUCAAGACGAUGUUACAUGAAAGAGAAGUGUCCAUAAAUUCACAUUGGUCCAAGGUAAAGGAUAGCUUGAGAAAUGAUCCAAGAUAUAGAUCUGCUGCACACGAGGACAGGGAGGUCUUUUAUAAUGAGUACAUUGCGGAAUUAAAAGCUGCAAGGGGAGAUGAUUAUGAGAUGAAGAGUAGAGGCGAAGAGGAUAAACUGAGAGAACGAGAGCGGGAGUUGCGGAAACGGAAAGAAAGAGAAGUGCUAGAGGUGGAAAGGGUACGACAAAAAAUCAGAAGGAAAGAGGCAGUCGCCUCUUAUCAAGCUUUGCUAGUGGAGAAGAUCAGAGACCCUGAGGCAUCCUGGACAGAAUCGAAGCCGAAACUUGAGAGGGAUCCACAAAAACGCGCCUUAAAUCCGGAUUUAGAUCCUGCUGAUAAAGAGAAGCUGUUCCGAGACCAUAUAAAGACAUUGUACGAGAGGUGUGCCCGUGACUUUAAAGCUCUUCUAGUUGAAGUCUUGUCAUCGGAAGCUGCUUCUCAGCAGACGGAAGAAGCAAAGACCGUGCUCAACUCUUGGUCGACGGCUAAACAAGUACUCAAAUCCGACAUCCGAUACAGCAAGAUGCCCAGAGAUGACAGGGAAGUCAUAUGGCGCCGAUAUGCGGAAGAUAUCUUGAGGAAACAGAAACAAGAUAGCCCUCAAAAGGAAGAGAAACCAAGAGACUACAAGAUCUAAAAGCUGCAGAAUGCAUUUUCGUAAGAUUAGAAGGCUCAGUUUCUAUACGAAGCUCAUUUGAUUAUCAUUCAUCAAUCAGCUUUGUAUAUUCGACAGAAGAGCAAAUUACUUGCGAGUUCUUUUGAUUUUCUCGUUAGAGGAUUAUGUGGUUUUUGCAAUUUUAGAACUGUAACAAGAAGAUCCUGUCUUUGUUUGAUGUCUACUUUUACUACACUUUCUAUAUAUUACAGUUUGAGUAGACGUUUGUGGUUUAAUAAAUAGAUCUCAUUUUCAAGAAUAUAAAAUCUACAGGGCCAUGUGACGUCGUACAUAGCCAAGACAAUAUUUUGUGCAAGAAUCAAACAUGUCGAUUUCUUUUGUUUGUGUUUCGACAAAAAUGUUGGUUCUAUGAUCAUCCUCCAAAAAACUAAAGCUAAAAUGGGGGAUAAGGCCCAUAGAAGAUAAUAGACGAGCCCAUAAAUAAUGGGCUCUGUUUAAGAACAUUUCACGAUCUACGCGUAGCCGCCGACUACUCUACACCAUCACCGCCAUAAGCGAGGUUUAACAUAUAAAAUUGAAACUUAACCUUACACUUUUGUCAAAUAUUCAAUUCAAUUUCACGGAAAUCACAAGUCAGACAUGGAGAACGGAGAUAUUCCCGAGAACGCCAAUGAACAUUGCCCAGGUCCUCAAUCGGAAAGUGCUGGAAAGUCAGAUUCUUGUGCAGGUUGCCCUAAUCAGGAAGCAUGCGCAACUGCUCCCAAAGGACCUGACCCAGAUUUGGUUGCCAUAGCAGAGAGGAUGAGCACUGUUAAGCACAAGAUUCUUGUUUUGUCUGGUAAAGGUGGGGUUGGCAAGAGCACAUUCUCUGCUUAGCUCUCCUUUGCCCUUGCUGGAAUGGACCAUCAAGUAGGCCUUAUGGACAUUGAUAUCUGCGGCCCAAGCAUGCCGAAAAUGUUAGGCCUUGGAGGGCACGAGAUUCACCAGAGCAACCUCGGAUGGUCCCCUGUCUAUGUGAAAGAGAACCUUGGUGUCAUGUCCAUUGGUUUCAUGCUCCCAAACUCUGACGAAGCUGUGGUCUGGAGAGGUCCCCGCAAGAACGCUCUCAUCAAACAGUUCUUGAAAGACGUCUACUGGAGAGACAUCGAUUACCUCGUGGUUGAUGCCCCACCGGGUCGGGUUUCAGUAACCUUAGGACUCUUGUGGUUCGAGAGAUUCUAAGUACUCUGUCAUGAGCCAGCAAUGUGUAGUCAUGUGUCCUUUGAUUUUCUAUGUUGGAUUUGAAUUAUCUAACUUGUUUAGGAUCAGGACAGCAGUUGGGCCUUCUGAGUUUAUUCCAUGUUUUGUGGUACAAAACGCAGCCUCUGUUUUGAACAUCGUUUUGGUUAAAAUUUUCAAAUA